AUGCCGCAGAAAGCCGCUCAGCAAGCUGGGAUCCCCGAAGGGCGUGGAGUCAGGUACGACGAGAUCGAUAUGGCGCUCUUCCGCGCCAAGCUCUCCUACCAUGCGACGGCCGAAGAGCGCAUGGCGUCGCGAGAUCCCAAUCUCGUCUCUAUCUCGGAACAUCAAGCGCGAUUGUUGAGGCUCUGGGAGAUGCACCAGCACUCGAGGGAGGAAAAGAACGGCGGUAACAUGACACCGGCCGAGAGGAACCAGCUGGCGCAGUUUCAAUGGCGAUACAAACGAUUGGAGGACCUCGCCACGCAGGGCACGAGCCUGCUGGAUACUUGCAUCUAA